AUGCUCCGCUUUACCUCAGUACAGUCGUUGACGGCACGUCUAGCCGCAACGGUCGUGGGUUUACCGCCAACCAAGCCCCUAGUCUUUCCACGGGAGACUGUGAGCGAAACGAGCACAGGCAUAGGCGUGGAUAGCGACGAACUAGGACCAAUCGCCCCGGUUCGCGUCGCAACCACCGAGCACCAUCGCACCUGGGCGCGUCCAGUGGUGUCGUCGAGGGACCUCGCACCGAACGACACUGGACCUUGUUUGAAAAAGUCACAGGUCUGCCCCAGGUGUGGCAAGGCGUUAUCUGGGCGCGGAAGCGUGCACAGGCAUAUCCGCGUUGUCCACUUAAACCGUAGGGAUCAUAUCUGCCAAGUCUGCUGCGCCCAGUUUUCAGAGCGCAAUGCCCUACGUCGCCAUGUCCGUGCCGUCCACGAGAAGCGCUUCGAGUACAUAUGCAAGGUGUGCAAUGCCCAAUAUCGCUCGGCGAAAGGAUUACACGUUCACUAUCGUUCCAAACAUUUGGGCCUUCGUCCUUUCCAGUGUUUGUUUUGCGAGAAACGCUUUGUGAGCGCCGUCCACCGUGAAACGCACGUACGCGCCGUGCACAUGAACCUGCGCGAGCACGGCUGUCCACACUGCGCCUAUCGAACAACGACGCGCGUCGGCCUCUUGUCGCACAUUCGAAGGAUGCAUGAUGGUGUAGAACGACAGCCAUGUCCGGAGUGCAUUCGUGAAUUCCGUUUCAGUGAAUCGUUAAGGAAACACUUGCGUCAAUUUCAUCGCUGGCAAGAUGACGAUUUCUGGUGA